AUGGAUGAUUCAGAUGAGGAGUUUGAAAUAUUAUUUGGUGAUACUUCGUCUUCAUCAAGCGAGGAAUUAAUUGGUCAAGUUCUCAUGGCUAAUCGAAUACAUGAGAUGCAAAAAUCUCAACAGAUUAGACGACCAUUGCGCACUUCAGAUAUGUCUGGACGUCAAUAUUUACUUGAGCUGCUAAAUGGACAUCCUGAUAGAUUGUUUUAUACAAUUAGAAUGGACGUUAAUACUUUUAGAUCUUUAUGUCAUCGAUUAGUUGAAAUGGAAGUCAUAGAACAUGACAGGGUAAUUAGUGUUGAAGAAGUUGUUGUCAUGUUUCUAUGGAUAGUAACACAUAACCAACGAGUUAGGAGUGUGGCUGAAAGAUAUCAACAUUUAGUAGAAAUUGUUUGUCGUCAGUUUGGCAGAGUGCUAGAUGCAUUGUGUUAUUUAGGAAAUGAAGUAAUAAGGCCUCUUCACUUUAACACUGUGCAAGCAGAAAUUCAAAAUAAUCUGAAAUAUUUCCCAUGGUUUAAGGAUUGUGUUGGAGCAAUUGAUGGUACUCAUGUAAGUGCAGUUGCACCAGCUCUAAAACAACUUGCAUAUAGAGGAAGAAAAGUAGAUGUAACACAAAAUGUAAUGGCUGUAUGCUCCUUUAAUACGAUGUUUACUUAUGUCUACGCUGGAUGGAAAGGAACAGCCAAUGACUCUCGAGUGCUUCUUGAUGCAAUUAGAAAAGAUGAUAACUUUCUUAUGCCACCACCAAAUCCAAUUUUAUCAUUUUAA